AAGUUAAAUGUCAUCACUUGGACGCCAUUAACAAAAAGUGCGCGAAGAGACCGCAGCCUUCUGGGAAAUCUGCUGAGGAGUCCUGCAGUACUGGAGAGAGCCACCUUGAACUCUACUUGCAGAUAUUGACACCUAGCAACUAAUAUUUUUGGUUUUACAGUUAAUUGUGACCCUGUAUUUGUGGAUUCACAAGGUUUAAGAUCUCUAGAGCACCAGUACCUUUAAGGAGAGAAGCUGAACAAGGGUAAAACAGAGGAGGUGUCUGCUUAUGGGAUGGCCCUGUAAACUCUGCACAGGGGAGAAUGCCAGAUGGAUAAUACAUCAGUGUCUACACAAGACACUAUUCUGCUGUACCCUUGUGAAAGCACCCAUAGAAUAUUUUGGCCAGAUGAAAUCUUCAUUCCUCUUUUCUCUGGGGCAACCGAGGCAAUUUUGAGGAACGCCAGUGAAGAAUUUCUCCGAAAUGGUGCUUUGCUGAACCAUACUCUGGUAAAGUCUGAAAUAAUGGAAAAAUUAGCAGACUAUAUGUACAGCUACACAGCCUACCCCAAAGGCCUUCAGACUGGUCAGGUAGCAGAGGCUUUAGUGAAAAAGCACCCAUGUCUGACAGAACCAGGCAGUCGUAAUGGAUGGAUAGGAUGGAUGUAUAGUCUCAAGUACAAGAUGGGAAAUUACAGAUCAAAGCUCAGAAGUUUUGGAUUGCCUGAGGUUACCUGCAACUCGUUUAAGAACAAGCACCCUGAUGACCAGUCUCCUGCAAAAAAUAUAGAGAAAGCAAGGAAAGGAGAAGUGCUGUUUCUUCCACACUAUCCAGUAGGAGACAGCAAGGAACAGCAAGAGCUGGACCGAUGUCAAUUAAUUGCCAAAUCAAAGAAGAAAGACAGCACAGCCAUCAAGGACUUGAUGUGUAGAACAUUCGCACAUAGAAGACAUGAUGUCGUUACCCUACAGAUGAGCAUCAAAGACCUCAAGAACAGAUGGCCUGCCUUGUUUAAUGUCUGGCAAGUCAGUGCAGAGUUUCAGAGAAUCACCACACUGACUCUCGAGCCAAAGUUCUUUUCAGCGUUGGAUCGCUAUUCUCCUAAAUUGCUGUCCCUGUUCCAAGCGAAGAAGGGUGCUGCAGGAGAAAGACAUCGAGCUCAAAUGAGUGCUCUUCUUCAGCUGGCAGAGGAGGUGAUGAAGAUAUACCUGCUGCGGAAUCAAGAAGAGUCAAGUGAAGAAUCUCCUGAUGUAGGGAUUGUGAUUGAGGGCACCACUGUCCUCAGCGGUCUUGAGGAUCUUAGCAGAGCCUGUUGCUAUUUGUUGGGACUGACCUAUGCCUUGGAUCUGAGAUACCCCAAGAAUCUCAAAUACAGUUUUGAGUUUUUCCAAAAAGUACUGCUGGAGCUGGAUUCUGGAAACCUUUCCACUAAGGUUCAAAGAUUCAAAAACUACCUGCAUGUGUAGUUUCAAAGUACUGAUAAGAGAAAUCUUGCUGUUGGAAUUUUCCAUUGUCAAUGUAUAUCUGAGGGAAGAGUCCACUGUUCUCUUUAAAUGCAGGUGGAUAUUUCCAGUGGUAAAAUACUAUUUGGACUGGAAUUGAUUACUUGUUUAAAACCCAUCUUCUACACCAUUUUGAGUUUUUGAAUCACAGCCUGUGAUUUGACAAGAGACUAAUACAAAAUGUGAAAUGUAGCAUUUGUCCUCAAUUAGCAAUUUCAUAUUUUAAGCCUGUUUCUUACCUUUUCAAGAUAAGAGAUUUAUUUUAUUUUAUUUUUUUGUGAUUUUACAUGUAAAAAUCCAACAAAUGGAUGUGUAAUUUAAGGCAGGAAUAUUUUAUUCUAGCACAGAAGUCAUUCUCAAGCUUUUAAUGUAUGUCUAAUCAGACUUUUUCAAGUGAGGAUGUUAGCUGAAAAUGGGCAAAAAUGAAAGAGGAAUUCCGGUGUGAAAUUGACCUUGUCUGUAAUAAAACAUGAAAAAAUGACUAACCUUUGUUGAAUAGCCAUCUUCCGUUCUACCACAGCUUACGUAUGCCCCAUGUAACCCCAUAUAGCCAAUUCUGAAAAGUGGAAAAUAUUCUGUAUUCGAG